AUGGAGCAAGAUCAGACUGCAGACGCCAUUGCUAAUAUUCCCAACCCAAUAUACGCCUGCAGUGGAACAGCAACCUAUGACCCAAGCACUUACAACAAGGCCAACUGGUCCAGCCGGUGCAAGAAGAUCUGGUUGACCGUUGGUGGCCUGGUUGUAGCAGCCAUUGCUAUUGUACUUCCUUUCUUUGCAGGCACUGAUUUUAGAGGACCCAAAGGGCCUGCAAGCCUCGGGCCACCAGGACCUCCAGGAGAGAGAGGCAUCAUCGGGCCUCCUGGGCCUCCGGGAGAAAAGGGGCCCAAAGGGCCAGCUACUCGUGGGCCUCCCGGACCUCCAGGAGAAAAGGGAGCCACGGGGCCGGCUAGCCUUGGGAUUACCGGGCCUCCUGGGCCGUCAGGAGAGAAGGGAUCCAGAGGACCAGCUACUCGUGGGCCUCCCGGACCUCCAGGAGAAAAGGGAGCCAUGGGGCCGGCUGGCCCUGGGAUUGUCGGGCCUCCCGGACCACCAGGAGAGAAGGGAUCUGUUGGACCUCUUCCGAACGUGCAGAAGGAAGCAUCUUGCCCCAACGGUUACUGGGAUGGGAAUGCCAUCUGCUACAAGACGUUUGACACCCCUAUGGACUUCAACGGAGCGGUGAGGACCUGUGAGCAAGACGGCGCCACCCUCGCCAUGCCCCGAGACGCCAUGUCCAACGUCCUCGUAAGCUUUACCCCUCUGAAGACCACCUGGAUUGGCCUGCAUGAUCGGCGCAAAGAGGGGCACUUCGAGUGGAUAGAUGGCGCUCCGCUUGGGUUCUACAAUCUGUGGGGCCCUGGACAGCCGGAUGACGGCCAAGGCAAAGAAGAUUGUGUCGAGUUCGCCGUCAAUAUUAAUCAACGUUGGAACGACCUGUCAUGCGACCGCCGCCGACCCUUCAUAUGCCAAGUCGUCCCAGGACGUACCUAG